AUGAACAAUGACAAGAAAGAGGUAUCAGAAAAUGGGAUUUUGGUUCAACAAAAUGGCGAAUGGGAAGGAGCACCAAACAGAGCGUCAAGAGAGGAGGGGAGCUUGGGACCGGGUGCUUUCUGGGCGCCGACGAGGACAAGAGAAAGUGAAACUAGUGCCUUUGGAGAAGGAGGUUCAAACGAGUGGUGUGGGCCGAGAAGACGAAGCGAGACAGGAGCCAGUCUUGAAGUCUCUAAGAUUUGGGAUUGUCUCAUCUGCCUGACGGCUUCGAUGCAGCUCAAACCAACUAAUAAGACCAACAAUGCCGGAGGAUAA